GGGUGUAGAUUCACUUUACUGUCAGAUAACACAUUUCACCUGCUGCCACAGUAGCACGCACAAGUGUAGUGAGAAAGAAAAGAAAACAAAAUUAGGGGAGCGCUUUUUCACAAGGAUUUCUGUGUACAGGUUAACAAUUAUUGGAAAGGAAGAUGGCAUCAUUAUUUCGGAGAAAGAACAAGGGUCAGCAGAGUCCAGUGUCGUCUUCUUCAGUCUCUACUAAAAAAAUUACCAAUUCUGAGCUAACAGAAGUGAUUGAGCGCCUGCAGAAGAAUGCUGACCAGGUGGAAAAGUACAUUCUGGACACAGAGACCAAGCUUCAAAGUGAUAUAAAGCAAGUUGAAAAGAGGAAGCCAUUUGAAUAUCGUGAGAUUACUUCUGAUAACCUGAAACGGUCCCAGGAUGUUCUUACCAGACUUGAUGGUGAUGUCGAAUCUGCUUGGCGACUUAACCACCCCCAAGCUGAUAUGAUCAAAGAAGACAUCAAGCAACUGAAGGAACGAGUGAGGAAGCUAAGAGAGGAACAUGAGAGAGUCUACAAUCUGAAACCUGGAGAAACUGUUAUUCCAACUAUAAACUGGGGCAAAGUGAUGGACGAGAAACAGAUGAAGUUGAACAGUAUGACAUUUGGAAAUGACCUGCCAUCCGUCAAUGAGCAAGUAGAGGAACAUAACCUCUUUCACAAAGAAGUUGAAGCAAUGGGACCUCACAUCAACAAAAAUGCCGAUAAGGAUUAUAUCAGUGGCUUGCAGGUGAAGUACAACAAAUUGCUGUCAGCAUCAGAUCAACGGCAGCAUGACCUUAAUUCUCUGCGCGAUUACAUGCAGCGCUGCACCAAUGAGCUCUACUGGAUGGACCAGCAGGAACAUGAGCGCAUGACAUAUGACUGGAGUGAUAAGAACCUUAACUACAACAAUCGUCAAAGGCAGUACGAGAACUUUAUUAACAAGAACCUGGAGGCAAAAGAAACUACGGUCACCAAACUUCACGAAGAUGGCGAGAAAAUGGUAGCUGCAAACCACCCGGGGAAGAAUGCCAUUGAGGCUCAUAUGGAGGCAGUCCAUGCUGACUGGAAGGAAUAUCUCAAUCUGCUCAUCUGUGAAGAGAGCCAUCUGAAGAACAUGAAGGACUAUCACAAGUUCCAUAAAGAUGCCAAAGAGGCUCAGGACCUGUUGAAGAAGGUGGACACAGACCUGAACCAGAAGUACAGCCCAGAGUUCAAGGACAUCUACCAGACAGAGUUCCUGCUGCGAGACUUGGAUGAUCAGGAAAAGACCAUGGACAAAUUUGGUGAUGUGGUUUCAUCCCUGCAGAAGCGAAGCCAACAGGUACUUCCUCUGAAGUACCGGCGAGAGACCCCACUCAAACCUAUUCCAGUGGAGGCACUUUGUGACUAUUUCUCAGAAGAGGGCCAGAUCAAUCGUGGAGAUCGUUAUACCCUGAGAAAGAAGGAUACAGUGAACUGGGAAGUCACAGACUCCUCCGGAAGGAAACAAGUUGCCCCUGGCAUGUGCUUCAUGAUUCCUCCCACUGACUCUGAGGCUAUAGCUCUUGCUGACAGUAUUAACAACCAGUAUAAAGGUGUGAAGCAGAAGCUGGCCAGUAACAAGAAUGCCUUACUUCGUCGUUAUGAAGACUUGAAGAAAGAGAACAGCAGUUCACCAGGAGAUGCUCAGGAGCUACAGUGCCGUCAGCUGCUGUCUGGUUUAGACAAAAUCAACAAUGAUCUAGAUAAGCAGGAGAAGUCUGCCACUGCAUGUCUGCGUCCUCCUCUGGAACAGAGUCGUCCUAUACAAGAUAGCUCUGAUCGUAUGCAGGAAUUGAAGAACAUUGCCAACAAUGUACGUCGUAUUGAACCAGAUAAGACCAUGAAAAUACGAGAGUGCGAGGCCUUUUUAGCAACAAGCCCGAAAUGUGCUAGCGCCCCCCAGCUUCAGAACAAAGUGAACGAUACCAAUAAGAAGUACGAGCGAGUGAACAACCUGCUGAACUCUGCACAGGAAAAGAUUGAUAAUACAAACCGCCUUGAAAACAGCCUUCAGAAGGGCAGAGACAUGCUGUCGGGUUACGAAAAUAAACUUGCCUUUGAUGAAACUGUUCCUGAAAGUAUGCUUGGAGUAGACAAUAAGCUACAGGAGCUUGCUGCUUUAAACUCAGAGCUAAAGUCAAAACGACCCAUUAUUAAUGAGGCAGAGCAGAACUUAAAGAAUGCCAAAAAGAGCUCGGAUAUUCUUGCCAGUAAAUACCAGGAACACUGUCCUGACAUCGAUAGAGAGGAAGCCGAGGUGCGCAAACUCAACCAGAGAUAUGACAACCUCAGCAAACAAAUUGACACAAGGUCACAGCAUCUGCAGAAGGCUAAGACUGCUUAUAACAGCUACAACAAAGGUUAUAAUGACAUGAACAAAUGGCUGGACACUGUGCCAAACAAUGAACCCAAAGCAACAGACAGUCUUCAGCAAAUUGACACCAAACUGAAGAACCAACGGCGCCUUCUGACAGACAUUUCAAACAAGGAACCUGAAAUGGAGAAGGUUUCAAGCAGUGCUCAACAAUACCAGCAAGCUGUUAAAGAUUACGAAAUAGAAACUGAAAAGAUGAGAUCGGUUCUUGAUCUAGAAAAUGGCUUGGAGCCUCACACAUACAAGAAGCACAAACCCCAGUCACCAGCUAAUAAAAUCAAGGAAGAGGAAGCUGUCCUGAGUACAAAGUUCACUGAAGUCAAUGCUGUAAACAAACAAAGGUUACAGAAUCUUGAAUUUGCACAAAAUCUCCUGCAACAGAAACCAGAAGUUGAAUUAAUGCAAGAGCAGCGUGCUUUCACCAGUAGAGCAGAGAAACCUGGAGAGGAUCCUUGGAUGAUAAAGAGGAUGUUGGAUGAAGAGAUCCAGCGUAGACAGCAACUUGAGAUGGAAAUUAAAUCUACACAGAAUGAGAUCCUAGUUUUGGAAACACAGAAACCACAGCAAUCGGUCACCACUAAAGAAUCGAUUAAGAAAUUGUCUGAUCCACAACUGGAGGAAGAGUAUAGCAAGUACCAGCAACGUGUAGCAGCAGAGCAGCUCCAGAACAAAGCCCUGCAGAAUGAACUUGAGGCACUCCAACUUAAACUUCGCAGCUUGGAGAACGAAAAGGUGCAGGGAGCUCAGCAGUUUAUGGUGAAGGAGGUCCUUCGUAUUGAAAAAGACAGAGUACAAGAAGAUGAGGUUCUGAGGCUAAAGGAGGAGUUAGAGAGACUAAAGAGGCAGAAAACCUCAUAUGAGAAUGACCUUACUCUGAUUCGCAAACGUAUCACUAUAUUAACAGAAGAAAAGAGCAGGGAGCAGGAGAAAAUAACUGAGCAGGAGGUGGUGAAGGUGCAGAAUGAUCCCCAGCUGGAGUCAGAAUUUAAGAUGCUUCAGGAAAAUAGAGACAGAGAAAAUAAGCUUAGACUACAGCUAGAAGAGGAAAUACAUAUACUUGAAGAAAAACUCAGACGACUUGAAAAAGAAAAGGCCAUGGCAGAAGAGAAAAUCACUGUCAAAGAGGUACUUAAGGUAGAAAAAGAUAUUGCAGUAGAGAGGGAUGCAAUCGACCUCAGGCGGCAGUACGAGAGUGAGGUGGCUAAUAUCCAGUCGAUGCAGAGAGAAAAAACAGAUCUGCAAAGAAAAAUUCAGCUGCUUGAAGAGGAGAAAGCAAAACCAAUUGUACAAGAGAAAAAACGUGAAAUUUUCCGACCAGACCCUAAAACCGAGUCAGAAGUAACUUCCCUCCGGAUGACACUGCUUGAACAGGAGCGCAGAUAUCGAGACUCUGAACAGCAGCUGAAAGUCUUGCAAGAUGAAGUCACAGCCCUGAGAAAUAGGGGGCCUCAAGUGGAGGUCAAAGAAUUAAUUAAGGAAGUCAUCAAGUACAAGACAGACCCAGAAACUGAAAGAUUGCUGGGAAGACUCCGAGAAGAAAUUGUAGAUAAAACACAUGAGAUAGAAAAGUCUGAACGGGAGAUUACACAACUAAAGCAAGAAAUUGAGACCUUGAGGAAUACCAAACCUCAAGUUCAGGUAAAGGAAGUUGUAAAUGAGGUUCUUCAGUAUCGUGAGGACCCUAAAACAAAAGAGGAGGUUGAGCGUUUAAAGGCCCAACUAGCAGAAGAGCAGAAAAAAUACUUGGUACUGCAGAGAGAAAAAUCUGAAAAUGAUGAAAGAAUUCGAUUACGGGAGAUGGAGCUUUCACAGGUUAAGGAGAAGCUAGUUCAACAAGAAGUUGUAAAGUUAGAAGAAGACCCUGUAGUCAAGGCAGAAUGUGAUUCUAUUUCAAAGAAUAUUAACAAUGAAUUGAAGCAGAUGGAUGCUCUUAGAGAAGAAUUGCGCAAACUCCAACGUAGAAAAUCAGAGCUGGAGCGUCAGCUAGAAGACUUACAGAAAGAGAAACAAUCUCGCAGAGACACAGAAUUUGAGAUCCAAAAACUAAGGAUAAGACUCACAGAACUGGAAGAAAAAGAAAAGUUAGCUAAAGAAAAGGUCACAGUAAAACAGACAGUAGUACUACAGCAGGACCCUCAACAAGAAAAAGAACAUGGAAUUCUUAAACUUCAGUUAGAAGAGGAGAUGCAUAAACGGCAGAUGGUAGAAAAUGAACUCAAAGCACUCCAAGAGAAACUUUAUAUCCUGGAGCAAAAGGAAGUGAAGGAGAGAGUAGUGUUUUCUGAGAAAGUACAAGUAGAGCGAGAUCCUGAAAGUGAAGCUCAGAUUCAGAUACUGAAGAACAGCAUUGAAGAUGAGGUCAGACGUAAGCGAGAGCUUAACGAAGAAAUCAGUCGAUUAAAUGCCAAGUUAUCUGAAGCAGAAUUUACAAACACCAAAUCUUCUAAGGAGCUUGAGCAUUUGAAGGAAGAAAUGAGCAAACUGCAAAUGGAAAAUAACAGCUUUCAGUCACAGAUCAGAAAGCUUCAGCUUAAUAUAGAUAUAACAGCCAAAGAAACGAAAGAUAUCAAGGGCGUGUCAGAGCUGGAUAAUUUGGUGAACUUUGAAUCAAGGAUUGUGUCUCUACAGCGUGAACUUACUGAUCUAAAGCAUAUAUCAAAAGAGAAGGAUCGUGAAAUUGAACAAUUGCAAAAGCGCCUUGGUGGCAUUAAAACUAAGCGAGAGCAAAGAGAGAAUCAUCUGAGACGAUCUAUUGUAGUCAUCGAUCCAGAUACAGGCAGAGAGAUGAGCCCAGAAGAAGCACACAGACUUGGCCUUAUUGACUGGAAUAUGUUCGUCAAUCUUCAAAGUCAGGAAUGUGAUUGGGAAGAGAUUACAAUUAAAGAAGGGGAUGGCGAGUCAUCGGUGCUCCAUGACAGAAUCUCAGGAAAUAAGUUUUCCAUCAGUGAUGCACUAAAGUUGGGCCGAAUAAGUCAAGCUCAGCUUAAUCGUUACAUUAACAAAGAUAUGUCCAUCCAGGAAUUUGCACUCCUUGUAUCAGGCAAAAAAUAGAAGCUCCCUAUUGCACAUUUUGACCUGAUUCACAUAAGUGUAUAUUUUCUCUGUAAAUAGUCGUCUGAAAAAAAUAGGCAACUGUUUCUUCACAAAGCCUGAUCGUUGAGAUGAUAUAUUUAUAAUGUGCCUCCUCUGCAGCCUUUGUCCCUGAAUAAAGCCACAGUCUUUAAGAGAAACUGCAGCGUGCUGUAAAAUAAUGUUGCUUUUUAAGCCACACCUUUUGAAAUUAUUUACUAAACCAUCACAAGCUUAUUUGGAGCAGGUCCCCAGAAUACCGUAUCUGGGCAUAUGUGUUGUAUGAAGCAAAACUUAAGGGUUUGGACUUUUUUUUUUUUAUAUAUUACACUGUGCGUCAACUCUAUAUAAUGUCACCAAAGCCUUAUCUGAUAUACCUGUCAAAUUGUUCAUAAGGUACACUUGAGUUUUACAGUCCAAAAGAAAGGUGUAAACUAAGCUGUAUAAAAUGCUUAAAGAACAGAAAUGUUCUCAGGCUGCCUUUAUUACUAUAUUUGCACCUAAACACUUACCAACUUUUUAUUAAUGUAAUUUUACUGAAAUGUCAGACUAGUUUUUAGACUCAGCCUCAUUUAUUUGAAAAUGUAUUUUGCUCGACUUGUACUUUAUUUGUACAAAAGGUAUUUAUGUUAAUAAAACCCUCGUGCAAGACCGGUUGUGCCAUACUGUUAGUAUGCAGACAGAUCUGUAUUUACAAAAUGGUUUAUGAAUGUUUUGCUACUUUUACUUUUAUUAUUGAUGUAAAACUGAUCCCAGGAUAAAAAACUGAAAGAAAUAUUCAAUUACAACAAUGCACCUAAAUGUCGUUUUUGUGUGCCCGCAAUGAAUUACUGUCAUAUUACUUGCAAAUACAUUUGUAAAAUGUUGUUUAAAAAUAUAUGUAUAUUAAGGAGUUUCUAAUGUUGCUCUUAUUGUUUUUAUAAGAUGGUGGGAAUUGGGAUGAAAAAUCUUUAACUUUAGGGGAAAUGUCUUUUUCCUAAUGUUUGUGUGACAGUGCAUGAUUGGAUAAGAAUGCUGUAGUUAAUUUGAGAACUUUGCAUUCUGAAACAUGUAAAUGUUUACUGAAUUCCCUUCUGUAAAGUUGGUGUUCAUAGGGAGUGUUUAUUUAUAAUAAAUAAAAUAUAUGGUAUAUACAUUUA